UUGCCGUGAAGACGCUUUUUUAGUUAGUUUUUUUUUGGUCUUUUCCCAAAGAAUUUAAUCAGAAAGAACAUGGCUUUUAAGACGAAUCCACCAGAAGAAAACUCUACCUCUGAGGGGACUGACGAAUCUGGAGAUCAACCAGUGGUCAAGAUACCAACUAAGGAGGACAUUGAGAUACUGCAAAUGAAGAUCGAAGCAAACAACAAGGAGUUGAACGAUUUCUCUUGCUCCUUGGUCAAUGCCAUGCUUGCCAGCGUCGUAUUGUCGACCUAUUGCCCACCGGGUAGUGAGGUACUCCAACAGCUCAAAGCAUCCAAUGAGGACAUUGGUGCCUGUGUUGAAGAGGUGUCCAAACUUUCGGCCCUCCUCACAAAUAUCAAGGAUGAGUUGGAGAAACAUAAAUAAAAUCGAAUGGAAACUAGGACUGAAGCAAACUAUUAAUGAAAAUUAAAAAUGCAAUUUUUAAACAAA